AUGCAAACUCUCUUAAACCCUUCUCAUUUCUUCACCUUCCCCAAGCUCCGAAGCUCUCCAAGCUCCAAUUCCCCUCGUACUUGCUUUCAAUGGCGUCCUCUCCUCUGUCCACCGCUUGCUUUUCCCGGCAACUUCAGUGUAAAGUGCUUCAGCUCAGACGAGUUCCCUGUGGACGAGUCCUUCCUCGAGAACUUUGGUCCGAAAGAUAAGGAAACUGAGGAUGAAGCUCGCAAGCGUAACUGGAUUGAGCGCGGUUGGGCCCCCUGGGAAGAAGUCUUCACUCCAGAAGCCGAUUUUGCGCGGAAGAGUUUGAAUGAAGGCGAGGAAGUGCCGCUUCAGACGCCUGAAGCGAUUGAAGCCUUCAAAAUGUUGAGCCCAAAGUACCGGAAGCAGAAGAUGGAGGAAAUGGGGUUGACGGAGGGUGACUAUUACCGCAAGCAAUGCGAAACUAAAGGCGAGAUACCGGAGCCUCUUGAGACGACGUGGACUAGGCCGUUGGUCCUGCAAGUCGUGCCUCCACGGGACUGGCCACCGAGGGGAUGGGAGGUUGAUAGAGAAGAGCUGGAAUUUAUUAGGGAAGCGCACAAAUUGCAAGCUGUGAGGGUGGACCUGGAUCGCCUUGAGAACGACGUGAAGACAGAUACUGGAGAUAUGUGUUUGGACAGAUACAGAGUGUUUUUGAAACAGUACAAGGAGUGGGUUGCUGCGAAUAAAGAUAGAUUGGAGGAGGAGUCCUACAAGUAUGACCAAGAUUAUCAUCCUGGUAGAAGGAAGAGAGGGAAGGAUUAUAAAGAAGGCAUGUAUGAGCUUCCGUUUUAUUAUCCAGGACAAAUUUGUGAAGGGAAAGUAACUACUUUACACCUCUAUCAAGGAGCUUUUGUUGAUAUCGGAGGUGUAUACGAUGGGUGGGUUCCCAUAAAAGGUAAUGACUGGUAUUGGAUUCGCCAUCACAUAAAAGUCGGUAUGCCCGUGAUGGUAGAGAUUCUGGCAAAGCGAGAUCCCUACCGGUUUCGAUUUCCUAUUGAAAUGCGUUUUGUUCAUCCUAAUAUCGAUCACCUAGUCUUCAAUAGAUUUGACUACCCACCAAUAUUCCACCGGGACGAUGACAGUAAUCCAGAUGAAGUGAGGCGUGAUUGUGGUAGACCUCCUAUUCCUAGAAAAGAUCCGGGCACUAAACCAGAAGAUGAAGCCCUAUUGUCAAAUCAUCCAUAUGUUGAUAAGCUGUGGCAGAUACAUGUUGCUGAACAAAUGAUAUUGGAUGAUCUGGAAAUGAAUCCUGAUAAAUACAAGGACAAGAAACUUUCAGAGUUAUCUGAUGAAGAUGAUUUUGAUGAAGAAAACAAUGUUGAAUAUACCAAAGUACGUUACAAGAACAGCUUGUUACCAAAGAUGAUUCUGAAAACAAGUGUCCAAGAACUUGAUUUGGAGGCAGCAUUUUCUGAGCGUCAAGUUCACAAUAAACUAAGACAAGAAGCACAGAGUAGAGGAGAGGAGUACAAAAUUACUAAAUUGAGACGGAAUGUUGAAAUGGAUGAAUAUGACCUCAUGCAUUGGCGUAGAUCCUUCGAGGAAAGAGAGGCAUUAAUCAGAGAUAUUAGUUGCCGACAAGCUCUUGGUCUCCCACUGGAAGAACCUGGAAGAUAUGUAGAGGCUAGUUACUUCGGGAAGGAUCAAUAUGACCCAACAAACCCUCUAUAUCGGUAUGACUACUGGGGUGAACCCAAGAAUUCAGAGAAGAGCAAACAAGAAAGGAUGACAGAUGCUCACAACAAAUCUAUAGUAGGCAAAGGUGCCGUUUGGUAUGAAAUGUCAUACGAAGAUGCGAUUAAAGCGAAGAUGGAAAGAGAAGCUCGUUCCAAGGUUGAAGAAGAUGAUGAAGACCAAGAUGAAGACGAGGAUGACGACGACGACUUUGAUUUCAGUAUUUUGCGUGACCCAAUAGAUGAACUUUCACACCAACCCCACGUGAAUGGGACUGAAUCAUCUAGAAUGUCGGAUGAAGGUAUGUUCGAGGAUUAGUGUUUGAAGUAAUUGCAGCAUAUGAUUGAGCAGAAAGAUAGUUGAUAAGAGUUCGUAGAAGAAUAUGGUAAAAUGCUCCGAGGAAUUCUUAGUUUAGGAUUAAAAAGGACGAGAACUUCUGAUCUUCCGCCCUUAAAAAUUUUGGCUAAAACUCCACUAAAGCCUGUAUUCAAAAAAGCUUGUGAUCAAGCCAGAUUAAUGUAUCGAACAUCAAUAUUCUAAUCGUGUAAUGGAAGAGCUAUAUUUGGUUGCAACA